UUUUGAAAUAGAAGAAGAGUAGCUACCACUCCACUCUUUUCUCCUCUCUCUCUCUCUAUACAUACGCUUCCUUGUGUUUUUUUUUUACUCGACCACCAUUGUUGUUGCAAUCGAAGCUUUCUCUUUCUUUUUUUUUUGUUGGGAGAUUUGUUUGGUGAAGAAGAAGAAGAAAGAUGGAGAAAAACACACCGGUUAGGAAACCACACAUGUCGACGGCGGAUCUACUAACUUGGCCGGAGAAUCAACCGUUUGAGUCUCCCGCUCGCUCCGCCGCUAGAUCGCAUCAGCCGUCGGAUGGAAUCAGCAAAGUGGUGUUUGGAGGACAAGUCACAGAUGAAGAAGUUGAGAGCUUGAACAAGAGGAAGCCUUGUUCAAAUUACAAGAUGAAGGAGAUCACAGGGAGUGGGAUUUUCUCUGUGUAUGAAGAAAAUGAUGAUUCCGAGACAGGAAGUGCUAAUCCGGCCACAAACGGCAAAACAAGAACAUUCCAGCAACCACCAGCAGCAAUUGUGAGUCACAUUUCGUUUGGGGAAGAAGAGAUUGUUACACCGAAGAAGCCAGCGACAGUGCCAGAAGUGGCGAAGCAGCGUGAGCUCAGUGGUACAUUGGAGUCUCAGUCUGAUGCUAAGCUUAAUAAGCAAUUCUCAGAUGCUAAGUGUAAGGAACUAAGUGGUCAUAACAUCUUUGCUCCACCACCUGAGAUCAAAGCACGUCCUACUGUUCGUGCUUUGGCUUAUAAAGACAACUUCGACUUGGGAGAAUCAGAUACCAAACCCGAUGGGGAAUUGAAGACGGCCAAGAAGAUUCCGGACAGGAAGUUUACUGAUUUGUCGGGAAACAAUGUAUUCAAAGGGGAUGUUACAUCUCCAUCUUCAGCCACGGCUGAGAGGCUUCUAAGCACCGCGAAGUUGAAGGAGAUAAGUGGCAAUGACAUAUUUGCGGAUGCAAAGGCUCAGUCUCGUGACUACUUUGGCGGUGUUCGCAAACCACCGGGUGGAGAAAGCAGCAUUGCCUUGGUCUAAACCAACCCUACCAAUAAGAUUAAAAUUUCUCUACAAACUUAGAAGGUUCUAACUAUUUAUCAUCAUUAAUAGAUAAUGUACUUUUGAAUGUUUUUUUUUUUUUCAAUGUUUCCGGAUUUGUGUGCUUGGAUGGUUAUGAAAUGAUCAAGAUAGGGAAAAUUCGAUCGGACUACUGCUGAGUUUGUUACGGGAAAGCUAAAUUCGAUCGGUCUCUUAGGACUUUGUGGAGUUGAUUUGUUGUUUUUUUGAGCUCAGACUUUUUUUUAACUAUAUGACUCAUUGUUUGGGUCUGUCUCUGUAUUUGUUGCCAACUAAUUGUUGGGGACUUGAUUGAUUUUAUUGAUUAUUUUGGGGGCUAA